AUGUCAAUUAUGAAUCACAAGAAGUCCUAAUUAGAAAAAGGAACUUCUUAAGAAAUGGAAUACAAGUUCAAAAUAUCACUAUUUAACAUCAUGCAUAAUAUCAUAAAGAAUAAUUUAUGCAACACUCUAAUUUAUUGUGUUUUGCUAAGUAUUGAAAAUAUAUAGAUGAUGUACUAUCCCAUUCAUCCAGUUAUAGAUUUUUUAUGGGAUAAUUAAGGUCUCAAUUACUUUAGGAUUGCCCUUCGCUAUUUUCAAUUUAAUUAUCUGAUUGAUUAAGGUGUUACCAUAUUCUUAAUAUUGUUGUACAUUUCUUUUGGAGUGAUGGUCAUUAUUGGUUUAAUAUUCUUUAUUAGCUAAUAUUAAUUAAGUCAACUUAAAUAUCAAGAAUAACAAUCAGGCUUACUUGUGUUUAGCUUCAAGUUGUUAUCCUUAUUACUUAUUAUUUUGAAUACUGUAUUGUCACUACCAUUUUAUAACAUCUUUUUGGCUACUAUCUAUUGUAGAUCAGAUUCAGCAGCUGGGGCUGAUUUAGGAUGUUAUGAGGGAAUACACAUAUUACAUAUGAUUAUAGCCAUAAUUGGAAUAGUUUUACUUAUCUUUUUUCAUUUCUCAACAACAUUAUUGUACUUUGAUUUGAAGUAAAGAUAUUAUUGAUAAAAGUCCAAAAUCAAAAUUUCCUUUCAAUGGAUAUUAAUCUGAUGCUGAAUAUGCUCGAAUGCUUUUCAAAUUCGUUAUUCCUUUUCUUAUUAUCUUUAAUGCUCCAGGAACCUACAACAGUGAAAUGGUUGUAUUAUUUGGUGUAGGAGAUCUCAUCCUACUAUUUUCAAGAUAUAAUUAUCCAAAAGGAUAUAACAAUUUCAUGUAUUUUAUAAAUCAUUUAUAUAAAUAGACAUUUUUAUAAAAUAACUCUGGAAUUAAUAGUUUUAUGGAUCAACAUUUGUGUGAUUAUUACUGACUUUUUAGAUUCAAGUUCUCCUGAUGAUAUGGGUUUAUUAUAUUUAUUUGUUUUGAUACCAUUUGUAGUAUUUGGAGGAUUGUAUGCAUUUAAAAAUAUCCUCAAAGAAUCAAUGACAUUUUCCAUAAAAAACCUUAAAAAUGAAGAGGAAGCAGAUAAUUAUUUAAAUACUUUGAUUUAAUUGAUAUUAGAUAGACAAUCUCCGAAUACUAAAAUAAAAUUAAUGGGUGUUUUAAAAUUACAUUAUGUGGUUUGUACAAAAACAGAUUGUUCUUGUAAAUAGUUGAUUUCAUAGGAUCACAAAAAGGAAGAAGGUGUAAAAGAACAUGAGACUUGGAUGAGGUUUUUGAGUUCAAUUUUUGAUGAUAUUAUAGCAGAUGAAAAAUUUAAGGAAAAUGCUCGUUUCAAAAUAUUUUAUUCUUAUUUAUGCAAUGAUGAAUUAAAAAAUAAAUAUAAUGCUUUACAUUAUAUGAUGAAGGCUGAAGAUACAAAAAAUCAUACUUUAAGAGAUGAGUUCUGUUUGUUUCGAUUUAAAUAACAUAUUGAGAGUGAAAUGUAGGAAGACUCAGAGAAAGCAUAAGAUAUUGAUGUGAAUUCAAUAGUUUUCUUUUAAAAUCAAUUAGUGGUGUUAACUAAUAUGAUUUAGAAAAGUGCCGAAUCUCAUUUAGAAUUCUGGAGGGAAUUAUAAGAAGAUCAUCCUAAUAUAUUAAAAUUGCAAAAUAUAGGAUUGAAAGUGUUGCAUUAAAUAGAUCUUUGUGAUGAGGGGUAUCAAGAAUUAGCUGAGAUAAAUAAUAACAAUCUUAAUUUAUUAGAAUUUUACAAUGCUUAUUUACAAAUGGUUGUACAUGAUAAGGAAUAAUAGGAGCAAUUAUCUUAAUAGAUAAGUUAAAUAAAGAAAUCAAUUUAUUAAAGAAAGUAAGGAGGAGGUUAAGAAUCCAAGAUAACUGAAUCAUAAGAGACAAUUAUAAUUACAAUGAGUGGUAAUGUAGGUAGUAUAGGAAUAGUGGCUAGUUGUAAUAAUGAGAUUUAAAAAUCAUUGGGUUAUCCUGCAUCUGAAUUAUUUGAAUAAAAUGUGAGUAAAAUCAUGCCUAAAAUUAUUGGUGAUCAACAUAACUAAUUAGUUGAAAAUUAUAUGAAAACAAACAAUUCAAAUAUUAUUGGAUUAGAAAGAUUUGUACUGGCAUAAAAUAGUUAAUAAUAUUUGGUACCUUGUAAGUUAAUGGUAAAAGUUCUACCAAACUUAGAAAAAGGAAUUCUUUUGGUUGGUUUUUUAAAGCCUUUGGAAAAAUUACAUGGUACUCAUUAUAUGAUAUAUGAUGGAAUUUCAUAAUAAAUAUUAAAUGUUAGCGAAUCAAUGAAAGAUUUAGGAAUAAGAGUUGAAGAUAUCGCAACAACUAGUGCAUAGGAAUAGCCAAUUUAUACAUUUGGAAAUUUAUUUAAGGAAUUAGGAGAUGUUUUAAAUAACACUCUAAAUUAAAAUGAUUAACCACUAAAGAAUUAAGUGUAUAAGUUAGAUGGUGAUGUAUAUUCUGCUGAAACUACAAUAGACGUUCAAUUAUUUAAAUAGUUAUUAUAAUCAAAUAUCCAUGAUUCAGAUAAUAAGAAAAUGGGAGGAUCAGUAAAGGAUUCAGCAGUUAUGAAUUAUAGUGGAGAUUAUAAAAAGGUGAAAGUUAAAUUAGAACUUAUAGAGGAAAGAUUGCCUUUAACAGAUGAUGGAUAGCCAGCUGGUGGUAGUAUAUAUCAUACAAUAGUUAUUCGAGAAGACAUUGAUUAAGAUAGGGCGAAUCAUGGAAAAUCAUUAAUUAAAUAAAAGUUGGAUGAGAGUAAGCAUAAUAUUAUUCAAUAAUAAUCAAUUGAUGAAGAUGAAGAUAAAUAAAAGAAUUUUUAAUCAUCAGUUGAUGAUUAAGAAGAGAAUAAAUAAACUAAAGAUAUUAGAAGUGCUUUAGAAUAAUCGAAAACACCUAGGUAGAUCAUUUAUCUUAGAUAUUUAACUUUGAUUUUGUUUCUAUCUACUUUAGCCUUAUCUAUAAGUAAAUUAGUUUUGGCAUUAUAAUAAUCGAUUUUGGUAGAUGAAGGUGUAAGUGCAGUACGUUAAGCACAUCGAAGACAUUCUUUGAUGGCAGAUAUUAAUUUAUAUAGUCGUUAUUUGUACUUAACAUCUUUUGGACAUUAUGAUUAAUCUUUAGAAGGAGCAUUUAAAGCUAAUAUAAGUGUUCUGGUUGAUAAAUUAUAAAUUAUAUAAUUUGAUAUGAUCGAAUUUAGAAUUAAAGUAGAAAGCAGAAGUGGUUUAUAGAUAGAUGAUGAUCAAUAUGAAGUUGUAUUUCUACUUUCCAACAAUGAAACUAAAACUUAUGGUAAUAUUUUUAAUGAUGCUGUCUUUGCUUAUAUUACUUCAGCUUCUUCAUUCAAAAAAGCAACUCUCUCAUAAUUUAAUGAUACUUCCAAUUCAAGUAGUGUUUCUAAAAAUUUAUUUUAUGUUGUCGAAAAUGGACUAGAUGUUCUUAGAAAUGGAUCUGAAAGAAUAGCUGAUAAAUUCUAUAAUUUUUAUUUUGAUCAAGUAGAUGGUCAAACCAUUAAUGCUAUAAUUAUUCUAAUUGCUGCUUUAGUAAUUAUUGUUAUUUGUGAAAUUGUUUAUAUACCAAUUUUCAUGAGCAUUUUUAGUGAACGAAAACGAUUAAUUAGUUAUUUUGGCAUGAUUACUAAUGAGGAUAUCAAGAAUUUAAUAGAUCAAGGUGAUAAAUUUAUAUUAGAUCAUAUCACAAAAUUUAAGAGUUCUGAUGAUAUUAACCAAAUUGAUUAACCUCAAUAAUAACACAUUAUAGAAAGCUCUUUAAAUCAAGAUCAUAGUCAAGAUGUUGUUGAUAGUCCAAAAUAAAAAGUUGAAAUAGACUAGAGAAAAUCGCUAUUUGAUUAAACGAAAGAAAAACACUAGAGAAUCUAUGAAAGUAAGGGUGGCACCCAUUAUUUCUUAAUAUUUUCAUUUAUAUUAAUAGGUUCCCUUUUGAUGGUUGAAUAUAUAGUAAUGUAUGUUUUAGAAGAUCAAUCAAUAAGUGAUGCUAAAUUAAUUAUGGACCAUUAUUUAUUCAUUUCUCGUAGAGCAAGCAUUAUAAAAUACAACAUCCUUUUUACAUUGGAAGCUUUAGUUAAUGAAGGAAAACCUAGAGUUUUUAUGGAAAAUGAUCUAUCCAAAUAUUACAAUGAGAAAGUCUAUUCAAACGAAUAGGAUUUAUUUAAAACUUUAACAUAUACUUAUCCUACAUCAUUUGAUACAUAUUUUGAUUUCUUUAAGAAUGUUAAUUUCUUAAAUGUUUGUGAACAUAUCACAUGGCUGAAGACAUUAAAUCUUAUUACAUAAUCAUUUAUAUUUAUUGAUACAACGGAUAACUUUACGAAUUAUACUUUCUCUUCAACAGAACUUGAUUAAGAGUGUAAUUCUGUUAAAGGAGGACUCUUAACUAAAGGAUUAAGAGAUGCGAUUUUCCUUGUUUCUUUAGGUAAUAAUGAAUUGUUAGCUACGUUUUCAAAUCUAAAAGAUAGUUUGGAGGCCUUCUAAAUAUAAGAACUAUUACGUAAAUACAUUUUACCAACUUUUUGGGAAAAUAAUAAUAUUUUUUAAAAAUGCUUUUACAAGUAAAAAUAAUUUACUAUUUAUUAGUUUUUUAGAUAUUCGUAAUUAAGUGUAGAUUUACAAUUUUGUUGGAUUUGUAGGAUUUUUAAUAUUAAUCUUUUUAUUUUUGUGGAUCUCAUAUAUUGCUAAAGUCUAAGCAGGAAUUUAAUAAUCAAUGAGAAUGCUUACUCUGAUUCCUGAUGAUUUAAUUGAUAAGUACACUAAACUUAAGGAAGCAAUUGAAUUUCAUGUCUUAGGAAUAAAACAGUAAUAAUAAUGA